CAACAACAAUAAUAUAUGCUGCCGGAGGCCUUCAUGCAGGGUGGUGGUGGUGCCACCAAGCUGUGGGUGGUGUGGGAGCAAGCAAGGGCGGCAGUGUUGAUUGCGCCAUUUCUUAGGGUGAUGGUGUGGGUGUGCUUGGUAAUGUCAGUGAUGAUACUGGUGGAGAAAGUUUACUUGGGAGUGGUUUGUGCUUUCUUGAAGCUUUUCAUGAGAAAGCCAGAGAAGCAGUACAAGUGGGAGCCCAUGAUGAAGAAGAAGAAGAAGAAGGAGGAGGAUUUAGAGGUUGGAGGAGACUUGGAUUACCCUAUGGUUCUAGUUCAAAUACCAAUGCGCAACGAAAAAGAGGUAUAUCAACUGUCCAUUGAAGCUGCUUGCAACCUUUCAUGGCCGGCAGAUCGAAUCAUAGUUCAAGUUCUUGAUGAUUCAACUGAUCCUGCAAUUAUGGCUUUAGUCCAGCAAGAGUGCAGAAAAUGGGCAGGUAAAGGGGUGAACAUAAAGUAUGAGACUAGAGAUAAUAGAAAAGGGUUCAAAGCAGGAUCCCUCAAGCAAGGAAUGAAGCAUAGCUAUGUUAAGCUGUGUGAGUAUGUGGCAGUUUUCGAUGCAGAUUUCGAACCCGACCCUGAUUUCUUGUGCCGGGCCAUCCCUUUCUUGGUGCACAACCCUGAAAUUGGGCUUGUUCAAGCUCGUUGGAAAUUCGUCAAUUCUGAUGAGUGCAUGCUGACAAGAAUGCAAGAGAUGUCAAUGGAUUACCAUUUCACAGUGGAGCAAGAAGUUGGGUCUGCAGUCCAUGCAUUUUUUGGCUUCAAUGGAACUGCAGGGGUAUGGAGAAUGUCAGCAUUGAAUGAUGCAGGAGGAUGGAAGGACCGUACAACUGUGGAAGAUAUGGAUCUGGGUUGCAGAGCUGGUCUAAAGGGCUGGAAAUUUGUGUUUCUUGGUGAUGUCAGGGUGAAAAGUGAAUUACCAAGCAGCUUCAAGGCAUACAGAUACCAGCAGCACAGGUGGUCAUGUGGCCCUGCCUUUCUUUUCAAGAAAAUGGUCAUGGAGAUAGUGACAAGCAAGAAUGUCUCGGUAUGGAGGAAAGUGUAUAUGAUAUACGCCUUUUUCUUUGUCAACAAAAUCGUCGCGCAUAUUGUCACCUUCGUCUUCUACUGCCUUGUUCUCCCUGCAACUGUUUUGAUCCCAGAGGUCAAAGUUCCCCUUUGGGGUGCUGUUUAUAUCCCUUUAGCUGUGACACUUCUCAAUGCACUGCCCUGUCCAAGAUCAUUCCAUUUGGUGGUUUUCUGGAUCCUUUUCGAGAAUGUCAUGUCCCUCCAUCGGACCAUUGCAACGUUCAUUGGCCUUCUUGAAGUCGGGAGAGUCAACGAAUGGAUUGUCACUGAAAAGCUUGGCAAUACCCUCAAGUCCAAAACAGGAUCUAAACCUACACUGAAACUUCCUCGGUUUCAAAUCGGAGAUAGGUUGCAUGUUUUGGAGAUCAUUGUUGGAUUGUUUCUCCUCUUCUGUGGAUCCUGCGAUUUCUGUUUCGGAAAGAACCGGUUCUAUGUGUACCUAUUUCUCCAAGGCAUAGCAUUCCUAGUCAUUGGAAUUGGUUAUAUUGGAGUAUUUGUUACAGCUUAGUUCAGUUGGGAACAUCUUUUGAUUGUGUAAUUUCAUUCUGGAGUUCCAAUUA